AUGAUGUCUUUCCUCUCUCUGCUUCUGGUGGGCAUUCUGUUCCCCGCCACCCAGGCCAAGCAAUUUACCAAAUGUGAGCUGUCCCAGGUGCUGAAAGAUAUGGAUGGCUAUGGAGGCAUCACCUUACCGGAAUGGAUCUGUACCAUAUUUCAUAGCAGUGGUUAUGACACAGAAACCAUAAUCAACAACAAUGGAAAGAGAGAGUAUGGACUCUUCCAGAUCAAUAACAAACUUUGGUGUAGGGACAAUCGGAAACUUCAGUCAAGAAACAUCUGUGACAUCUCCUGUGAUAAGUUCUUGGAUGAUGACCUUACUGAUGACGUGAUAUGUGCCAAGAAGAUCUUGGAUAGUGAAGGAAUCGACUAUUGGUUGGCCCAUAAACCACUCUGCUCUGAGAAGCUGGAACAGUGGCGCUGUGAGAAGUUGUAA